AUGGAGGAGCAGAGGGAGGUGUGCCGGCUGCAGGAACAGCUGGCCGAGAGUCGAGCUGAGAGAGACGAGCUGGAGUCCAGAAACAGAGUCCUGAGUGAGAGGCUGUGCCAGUCAGUGUCUCCCUCGCUCGCCCUCUCUCUGCGUGUGGAGGGGGAGCAGAGGGAGUGGAGGAGGAAGGUGAGGGAGGGAAGAGAGAGGGAGGCUCGCCAGGCGCUGCUCAUCCACCGUCUGCAGAAGAAGGUGUUGGAGUACAGAGAUCGAUGUCAACAUUUGGAGAUUCAUCUGCAGGAUGAGAAAUCACAGCUGUUAACCACUGAGCGGAGGAUCAGAGAUGAACACAGCGACUCUCUGGAGAGCGCCCUCAUCAGGCUGGAGGAGGAACAGCAGAGGUCCGUUUGUCUCGCUGACACCAACUCUGCACUGCGGGAACAGCUCAGCCAAUCAGAGCAGGCGAACCAGGCCCUGAGGGAAGAUCUACUGAAGCUAACAGCUGAUUGGACGAGAGCUGUGGAAGAGGCGGAGCAGAGAGAAGCUGAUUGGACAAGAGAGAAAGAGGGCCGGACAGGAAGUGUGUGUCAGCAGCAGGACCGUCUCCUCUCAGUCUGGAGUUGUGUGGUCGCUCUGAGACGUCACUGCCACACAGUGAAAACCGCCACGGACAGGGACCUGUGGCAGCUGAGGGCAGAGUUUUCUCGUCUCUCCUCAUCUCUUCUGUCCAGCUGUGACGUGGUCUCCUCCUCCCUGAGGAUCAGCACUCCUCCCAUCAGACCCUCCCCCUCUGAGCUUCCUCCUUCCCUCUCUCCUCCUCUACCCUCUGACUCCUUGGCCUCUGUGCCUCCUCUCACCUCCUCCUCAACCCUGGGAAGCUUCUCCUUAGCAGAGCUGGGACACAAAGAGGAGCCAGAGAUUUCAGAGUUGAAGGUUCUUCAUGAUACUGAAGUUUCACAGCUGAAAGAACGGAUAGCGGAGCUCUCUCGCUUGCUGCAGGCAGAGGAGAGUGAGCGUGAAGAGAGAGAGAGAGCGAUAGAGAGACAUAAAGAAACAGAGAGGAGUCUUCAGUCAGUCGGUCAGGCUGUGAUCAAACUGUCCAGAGUCCUGAGCAGCAGCAGCGGCGGCGACGGCGGGGGGGGGGCGCUGUGUGUCCCUGCAGACGGCGUCCUCAGGCUUGACUUGUCCUCUCUGCUGUCCGUCCUGUCUCACACUGAGAGCGCCCUGCAGUGGAGACAACAGGAACUGCAGGGAGCCGAGCUUUCUGUGCAGCGGCUCGACGAGGAGAAAACCUCUCUGCAGCUCCGACUGAAGCACACACACACCGAGCUCACACACACUCUGGACCUGCUGAGGAGUGAGCGCGAGGAGGCGUCCUGUCUGCGUCCGCAAGUGGAGGAGGUGCAGAGGAGGGAGGAGGAGAGGAGGGAGGAGGAGGUGCAGAGGGAGCGAGACCGACAGGAGGAGCUGCAGACGGAGACACACAGACGAGUCGAGACGAAGCUGCUGGAGAACGAGGAGCUGACGGAGAGAGAAGCCCUCCACCUGCAGGAGCUCCACAGUCUGAAGGGGGCGCUGGAGAGAGAGCAGCUGGACAGACACCGAGCAGAAGAAGAAGCUGCCGACGCCAGAGACGCUCUGCAGAAGUGCAGGGAGGCGGAGCUUCGUCUCUCGGCCUCGGAGCGUCUGCUGCAGCGCGACGUGGACGAAGGGCGAGACGCUCUGGACAAAAUGGCCGCUUUGAGCUCAGCUCUGGCGUCAGAGAAAAGAGAACUGAACAAGAAGCUGCUGCAGGUGGAGUGUGAGCUGGCAGACAGCCAUUCACAGCUACAGGCUCUGAGGUCAGAGGUCAGCUCUCUGCAAAGAGAAAUCCAAACCCUCAACAUGGACUGCAGUCUGCUCAGGACGCAGAGAGAGGCGGAUGCCGGCGUCGUCCAUCAGCUGAGAGAAGAAGAACGAGAGAUGGAGAGAAUAAUGGAGGAGAAGGAGAGGAAGUUGGUUUCACUGACGGAGAACAGAGAGAGAGACGGCCUCCAGCUGGAGGAGCUGUCCUCCCAGCAUGCAUCAGUGUGCAGGGAGCUGGAGGAGGUGCAGGAGCAGCUGCAGGAGGCCCAGAAGGAGGCGAGGAGGAGGCAGCGGCAGCAGGAGGAGGCGCAGAGAGAGAACAGGAGGCUGCAGGAGGAGCAGGGAAGUCUGCAGAGACACAGGGAGCAGCUGGAGGAGGAGCUGCAGGAGCUCAGGUCUCUGUCGGUGAGCCUCCAGCAGCAGGUCGGUCAGCAGCAGCGACAGCUUUCACAGUCGGAGGUCGACCGAAGUCAGCUGAACGUUCACAUUCAGACUCUGCAGACGGUCAAAGACGCACUACACGGAGAGAUCAAGUGUCUCAGAGGAGAACUGGAGCAAGUGACGGCUCGAAGACAAGAUAAGAGUGAGAGGAGCGAUGAGGAGAAGGAGGCGCUGAGGGAGGAGAAGGAGGCGCUGAGGGAGGAGAUGGAGAGGCUGAACGAGGAGGCGGAGAAGCUGAGGAAGACCAGGAGGAAGGAGGAAGAAGAGAGGAGGGAGGAGAGGGAGGCCUGGCAGAGAGAGAGGGAGUCACUGAGUGAGGAGCUGGGGAUGAGGGAUGGAGAGGUGGAGGUGCUGAGGAGGCGAACAGAGGGACUGAAGGAGGAGAAGGAGGAGAGACAGAUGGAGGUGGAGAGACUGAGGGAGGAGGUGACGGAGAGAGAAACACAAAUCAGCUGCAUGAUGGAGAGAAUUCAUCACAUUGAGGAGAGACUGCAAGAUGGAGAGGAGGAGAGAAGGAGGCGAGAGGAGAAGCUGAGAGAGAAGCUGGAGGAGAAAGAGGGGGAGGAGGAGCUGGAGGAGAAGAAGGAGGAGGUGGAGCGGAGGGAGCGCAACCUGGAGAAGCAGAUAAGUGCUGUGAGGGAGCGGGAGGAGGAGGUGGAGGUGCUGAAGGAGCGCCUGAGGCUUGUGGAGAACCAGGAGGAGGUGAAAGUGAGGGAGUGUCAGGAGGCAAAGCACAAACUGAAGGAGAAGGAGGUGAGAGAGGAGCAGCUGGAGGCGCUGUUGAGAGAAACCCGGACACUCCUGGAGAAAGAGAGGAGGCAAGGAGAAGAAAAAGAAGACAGAAUCUCCUCCCAGGCCAGGGAGCUGCAGGAGGCGCAGGCAAAGAGGGAGGGGGCACAGAGGGCUGCCAGGGAGAGGGAGGAGGUCCACCACAGGCUGGAGGAGGAGGUGAAAGAAGGCAGAGUGAAGAUAGAGCGGAGUGGGAAGGAGGCAGCUCAGAUCUCUCGUAUGUUGAAGGAGCGAGAGGAGGAGGUGCAGCAACUGAGAGCCACACUGGAGGAGAGGGAGGAGGAGGGCAGAGAGAAGGAGGCCCUGUGGAGGAUGGAGGAGGAGAGGAGAAAGAGGCAGGACAACAAGCUGAAGGAGGUGGAGGAAGAGAUGAGGAGAAUGGAGGAGAAAGUGAAAGAGGUGGAGGAGGAGCUGGAGGAGGAGAGGGAGGUGCUUAGAAGAGCCAGGGAGGAGAGGAGGAGGCUGGAAGAUAGAUGGAAAGACAUAGAGAAGGAGGUGAAGAAGCUAAGAGAGGAACUGAGGGUGGCAGAGGAGGAGAAGAGGAAAGUAGAAAACAAACUAAAGGAGACUGAGGAGGAGGUGCUGAUGAAGGUCAGGGAAGAGAAGAGGAGGCUGGAGGAGGAGCUGAAGAUGAAGGAGAACGAAUUGCAUGAACAAAGGGAGGUGCUGAGGAAGGCAGAGGAGGAGAGGAGGAGGUUGAAGGAUGAACUGAUGGAGGUGAAAGAGGAGGCAGGGCGACUGGUGGAGAACAAGAGGAGUCAGCACCUCCUGGUGGAGGAGAAGGUGAGAUCCAGAGUGAGAGAGUUGGAAGAGGAGAAGGCAGGCCUGUCAAUGGAGCUGAGGAGGAGGGAGAGGGAGGUGACAGCUCUCAGAGAGGAGGUGCAGAGGGAGAGAGAUGAAGCACAGGAAGAGAUCAUGAGGAGAAAACAGGAGGUGUCUCUCCUGAGAGAAGUGCAGAAGGAGCAGAGAGAUAGGGAGGAGGUACAGGAGGAGCUGAGGAGCAAAGGGAAGGAGGUGACAGCUCUGAAAGAGGAGGUGCAGAAGGAGCAAAAGGAAAAGGAGGUUGUACAGGUGGAGGUGACAGCUCUGAGAGAGGAGAUGCAGAAGGAGCAGAGGAGGAGUGAGAGGGAUGUGUUUAUACUUAAAGAGGAGGUGCAGAGGGAACAAAGGGAGAAAAUGGAAGUCCAGGAGGACCUGAAGAGUAAAAGGAAGGAGGUGUCAUCUCUCAGAGAGGAGGUGCAGAUUGGGCGGAGGAGAAUGGCAGAGCAGGAGUCGAUACUGAGAGAGGAGGUGCAGAGGAAACAAAGGGAACGGGAGGAAAUGGAAAAGAAGUUGAAGAGGAGCGAGAAGGAGACAAAGUCUUUUAAAGAGGAGGUGCAGAAGGAGCAGAGGAAGAGGGAGGAGGCUCAGGAGGAGCUGAGAGGAGUUCAGGUUCAGGCGUCGGAGCUGAGUCGGAGGCAGGAGGUGCAGCAGGAGGAGACGCAGCAGAUGAAGGAGGGCCUGAGAGCUGCUGUGGAGGAGAUGAGCACCCUGAAGCUCCUCCUGCAGGACAGUCACAGCGAGGGGGAGCGUCUGAGGAGCGCUCUGAAGGACCGCAUCAGGGAGGAGAACCUGAACUCUGCUCGGGAGGAGGUGGAGGAGCUGAGAGCCAGAGCCAAGGCCCUGGAGAGGAGGAGGAGGGAGCUGAUGGAUGAGCUGCAGGAGAGCCGACGACAGAAGGAGACGGCAGAGGAGGAGAGGAGGGAGGCGGAGGUGCGAUGGAGGAGCCGAGUGGAAGAGAUGGAGGAGGAGCAGGAGGUGAAACUGAACGCUUUGGCCAGAGAAGUCCAAACACUAAAGGAGAAGGAGAUGCAGAGAGAGUGGAGGUCCAGGGUGGAGGAGACGAGGAGGUCCAGGGUGGAGGAGCAGGAGGCAGAGAGGAGGAGCAGAGAGAAAGGAGAGGUGAGGAACCAGGAGGAGCAGGAGGAGCAGGAGGAGGAGCAGGAGGAGCAGCAGGAGGAGCAGCAGACCUCCUCUCUGCUGCUAGAGAAGGAGGAGAUGUUGAAGCUGCUGAAGCAGAAAGAAGCCGAGGUUUACGCUCUGACUCAGAGGGUGGAGGAGCUGGAGAAGGACAGGGAUCGCGUCCGAUUGGCUCUGGAGAGAACAGAGGCGGCUAUGAUUGGCUACCGGGAGAGAGCCCACCAACAGGAGCAGAGCGGGGGGGCGGGACCAGGGGAGGGGCUGGAGGACCGGCUGCAGGUGUUACAGACUCUCGUCGCUGAACUCGAGUUGGAACAAAAACGACUGAACAAGAAAAACUCACAACUGAAGAAAGAAAGACACACACUGAGAGACACACUGAGACAGGUGGAGGAGGAGCGGACGAGGCUCCGACAGCAGAUGAAUGACAGCAGCAGACCUCAGGUCUCUGCAGACACCACAGAAGAAGAGCAGCUGAGGAGCAGAGUGAUGGAGCUGGAGGACCAGCUGACUCAGCUCCGUCUCUCAUUGGCCGAGGACCAGCAGCAGAGGGAGGAGUUUAUCCAGCAGUCCUCCAGAAACAGCCAAUGGCUGCUCUCGCUGAGACACGACCUCACCGAUUCGCUGGCUGCCGUCACACGCCGUCCAAUCCCGUCCGUCCUGGAGUCUGAGACGCAGCGAUUGGACCGUAGCCUGAGGGAGGAGGAGCUUAGGAUGUCCCUCAGCCAAUCGUAGCACUGCUCAGCAAAUCUGGGUCAAAGGUCAAAGG